GAGGAAGAAGAAGACGAAGAAGAAGAAGAAGAAGAAGACAGCCAACCCGACCGACAAGGAGAUCAUUAAGUUUCUACUUCCUCUUUCCAGUCUCUGUAAAUCUUCACCUACACCAGCCUCCCCUCCGUCAGAUCAGGCCUACGUGCAAGCAGCGGCCGUUUUCCAUCGGCUGCGAUCGGAGAAGACGUCCUCGCAGCAGCUGCUGCAUUAUGAGAAGAAGACGGACACACCGCUGCCACAGAGCGGGGACAAACCACCCCAGAGACAGGCCUUCCAGCUCGCCUUCAGCACACUCAAAUACCAAGAUUUACUGGAGGACAUCAUCACUGACAGCUGCUUCCACACGUCUCAGCAUAUUACCAGCGACUUGUUGCCCUUGGCGAUGGUGAUGCUGUUUGACUUCCAGGAACGAAGGUUUUUAGUGAAUGAACGCUCAGCAAAAGAAGGGGCGGAGCCUCUGCAGGAAGUCAGGGACAUGGAGAUCAGUCUGCUGAGGUGGAAGACAAAGCUAGCGGCCUCGCUGGCUCGCUGCAGAGUGAAACAGAGUCUGCAGAGCGUCUCCUGUUUUCUAUCUGAUCCUGUCAGGACCAAACAGAACAGAGCCAAACGUUUGCCCCUCUACGCAUGGGUCAAUACUCUGAAGACCAGCGUCGACGAAGUGUGUGAAGCCCUGAAAGGCGCAGGAUUACGAGAAGCGAAGAACCUGACUGAUCUCGAGGAGUCGACGUUCAGCAGAGACCCGCUCUGUGCAGACACACUCGUCCUCUCUCGACGGCUUCUCGCUCUGCUCCAGCACAGCACCGUUACACAUGCGCUCAACACACAGGACAGAAGUGUGUGCGGGGUGAGUGCAUUACGCCCCUUGCUGUUUGAAAAAGGUGACGUCCUGGUGGCGGGGUCUUUCUCUGCCGUCACUGUGGCUCACGUAGCCGUAGUGGCUGCUGAGCGCUCUGGCCGAGUGUUGGUGUGUGCCGCUGAUCACACAGCUUCACACAUGGAAGAGAUAAAAGAACUGCUCGCACUAAUGGACAUCAAAAAUUUUCGAGUCCUGUCAGAGGCGUUCUCUGGUCUGGACGAGUGGAACGCCAGUGUUCAGCGUUUAAAAGUCAUCAUAGUACUACCUCAGUGCUCAUCCUCUGCCCUCAAUGACCCUGUACCCACAAUGCACAGCGAACACGGAGAUUGGGAUCUGCUGCAUGACUUGUCGUACGGUUCAGUAUCGCAGAAGAAGAAACAAACAAUGGCCACGCAGCAGGCACGACUUCUCGCACACGCUCUCUCCUUCCCAAAGGUUCAGACGGUGGUCUACUGCACGCGCUCAGUUUAUCCCGAGGAAAACGAACAGCUGGUGAAAAGAGUGUUAGAGAAAACACACACUCCCUCCAAACUGCUGCCUUUCAG